UUCUCAGAACCUGUUUGCCAGACAAGGCUUUCACUGGUGCCUGUCCAGGGAAUUCUCUAUUGGACAGAAGAGAAAGUGUUUCUGCUUUAAAAAAUGUGUGUUGGAAUAGAUUCUUGUGGGUAUCAUAAAGUUAUACUUCACUCUAAAAUAUGUUGUUGUGCUCACUGGCCAAUCAACACACUUUGCAGCAAAAGCGGGCAUGUAAAGCUAAGAAAGAAGGGGUCUGUUGAUUGACAGGUCAGAUAGCCAAUAGGGAGAGAGUUAACGGUACUGAAGAACCCGCCCAAAGGCAAUUAAGGGUAAAGAACGAAAAAGAACUUGAUAUAACUUUUUUGUUCUAUGGCGGUGAAGGAGUUAGGGUAUGAAUGUAAAUUCAACGGAUAUUUGUUUUUGAACGUGAACGUUUGUGGGACUUGAGGCUGUGAACAUGGCCGGUUCUGAACGAUGGAAGUUCGUGAGAUGAAGUUAUAAUAACCGAUUGUCACGGAAAUCGCAAGCGAAUCUACUGGGAAGAAAAAAAAGUUUAAGAAAGAGAUGAGCAGCUGAUAAACUGCAAGAGCGAUGCGGAGAUGAGAAAAUGAUCCAUGCAAAUGUGAUACUUCAGCUUGAGGAUAACUUUUAAUUCUUAAGCGUAACAAAAGGAAGGCGCACGAAGGAGAAAGCGGAUCGUGCAAAGUGACAUUCUGGAAAAGCUGUAUGACUCCCAUGAGUUUUAAACGGAGCCGAAGUUGAGAAGUGAGAGAGGGUCAGUGAUAUAUCUGAAGCCGGUCUCGGUCGUACUUUUCUCGGAGUGAGAGAUGGGGGCCGCGCCGGGCUCGGGAUGGGAGGAGGGAGAGUUCGAGUUCAAGCUCGUGUUCGAGGAGGAUCCGCCGCGCCAGAGCCGCUGCGGCCCAGAAGACACCGACAGCGGCCAGACGCACCGUGAUCCUGCCGGUAUGAGCGGUCCGAGGAAAGAUGGAAAGGGUGGCGAAGCUAUACAUACUGGGAUGGUGCUCGUAGAUACCCACUUGACUUCCGCACAGGCUGGCCAACCCGUGGGUAUCCCACCGUCAGCCGGUCGCAGGGCUGGGAUGCAUUCCCCACCCCCCAGACGGGCAUUAGUCAGGGAGUUCAUUGGGACUUAUGAGAGUCUACCAGCAAGAUCAAUACAGGUAUCAGAGUCUAGAGUGCUUGAGUGCCCCAGCAUCCAGAUCACCACCAUCUCCCCUGAAGAUGAUUCAGGUCCAGCAGGGGGAAGUUACUGGGACGGUGGGGGUGGCUGGGAGAGGGAGCGCCUAUACCUGCCCCUUCUGGACUCAUACCGUGACGUCAUGACAGGGGCAGGUUCCCUCAGUCCCAGCCCCAGCCCUGCUUCCAGUUCCUCAUCUCGUGGAUGGCUGAGUCCAGCUUCCAGCUGUGAUUCUCUCCUGGUGGAGGAGGACGAGCUCAACGAAGCUGCUGCCCACUUCUGCCUAUCGCCCUCCUCACGCCCCACGUCUCCUGGGGGCAAAAAGCGCAGGAACUCCCCACUGGCCUCCCCCAGCACCUCCCGCAGAAGCAGCUACUCCGAGGAUCUCUCCUCCCUCCCGGACACGGGAGAAACCUCGGCUCAGUCUCAGGCUCCAGCGAGCUGUGAGCUCGACAUCCCACAGAAGACCAGGAAGACCUCUCUGGAACAGAUGUCAUCAAGAGAAAUCGAACCAGAGCUGACCCCCAUUCAGACCUCUCCCUGCCCCAUCCCAGAGGUUGCUCAGUUGAGAAGGGAGCCCCCCACAAUAGGGAUGGACUACCUGUCUGUGCCUCCUGCUCUGGGCUGGGGCAGAACCAGGGCCAGCGCUCACAGUCCUCUCUUUAGAUCUAAUGCACUGCCGCCACUUGACUGGCCACUGCCUUCACAGUUUGACCAGUAUGAACUGCGCAUAGAGGUACAGCCCAGACCACACCAUCGCGCGCAUUAUGAAACUGAAGGAAGUCGAGGAGCAGUAAAGGCAUCACCUGGAGGCCAUCCAGUAGUGAAGCUGGUGGGUUACACUGAAAGGCAGCCGCUCUCCUUACAGGUGUUUGUAGGAACUGCCGAUGACAGAUCAAUACGUCCCCAUCCUUUUUAUCAAAUACACAGAGUAACAGGGAAGAUGGUAGGCACAGCUAGUCAGGAGAGCAUCCAGGCUGGCACUAAACUCCUGGACAUCCCACUCAACCCAGAGAAUAACAUGACUGCCCUCAUUGACUGUGCAGGUAUUCUAAAGCUGAGGAACUCUGACAUUGAACUCCGGAAAGGAGAGACAGAUGUAGGGAGAAAGAACACUCGAGUGCGUUUGGUGUUCCGCACACACCUUCCUCUGUCUCCACCCAUUGUCCCUCCAGGACGAGUCUUAGCCCUGCAGGUGGCCUCUUUACCCAUUGAAUGCUCACAGCGCUCUGCACAGGAGCUUCCUGUAGUGGAGUCUAUCAGUCUCACUUCCUGUUCAACAGAGGGAGGUGAGGAACUACUUCUAGGUGGGACCAACUUUCUACCCACCUCCAGAGUUUUCUUUAUGGAGAGAGGAUCAGAUGGCAAAGUCCAGUGGGAGGAGGAGGCACAUGUGGACAGGGACAAAAGCAAUGAGAAUUUACUGUGUGUACGAGUGCCAGCCUAUAACGAUCUUUCACUGAACCACCCAGUAUCUGUCUGCCUGUAUGUGUCCAAUGGGAAGAGGAAGAGGAGCAGCACGCACUGCUUUAAAUAUCUGCCCAUCAUGUUUAAAGAAGAAGAUCCACUGCUGUCCCGUCCUUCCAACUUGCCCCUGGAAGGGGUGACGCUUUGCCCCAUGGAGAGCGGCAGCACUGUCGACAUGAGGUCAGACCUAUCCGCAGAUGACAGAAGCAUGUCUUUCCACCUGCCUCCAUAUCCCAAUGAGUACUCUUACUCCUCGCAUGGCUACCAGGAGGACUACUGCCGCAAACCGGAGCUUCCCGAGGACGGUGGAGGUCGAGGUGCCCUGAGCGAAAGGCAUCCCAGCUUUGAAAGCCUGGAGCUGGGCUUCACAGAGCUUCUUCCUCCCAUGUACCCAAGAGCCUCACAACCUCUUUCCCCCUCCCCAUCUCCCUCUCCGUGGCUCGACUCUCCCUAUCUGUCCUCCUCACCUUCUCCCUCACACUCUUGCUCUCUGAGCCCAUUCCCUGCAAGCAGUCCCAUCUCCACCUCGCCCCUUCCUCCGCUCUCUCACUCCCCAUAUCCACACUGUCCUUGCCCCCAAGAGAUGUGCUCCUCGCCUCCGUCAAACACUAGCCACUAUCAGGACCUGUGCCCACCUCCGUAUGGCCAAUAUGACAGCUGGGAGCACCAGAUGCAUCCUUCUGAAAGAGACACAGGCCCUGGUCUGAAGCUGGAGGGACCCCCGGACUUCUCGGGCCCCACACCUAUGCAGCAUAUCACACUAGAGGAAGUGACUGAAUUCAUUGGAGAGGAUAUAAGAUCCUUUCAGAUGGGGUCACACAUGGAUAGUCGACCUGGAUGACAACAUCCUCUCAGUAAUAGUCCAGUGAUAAUCAGUGUAUAGUUAAUAUCAUAUCAACAUUUUAUGUAUAAAUUUUAUUUGAAUUAUGGUAUAUUGCUAAAAUAUGGCAAUAAUAAUAAAGACUGUGCUACUUAAGUGGUGAAUCUGUGGUAAAACAGAAGGCAGGCGUACAGUUGUAAGUAUGUAUGUAACUGUUACUUCUUCCUGACUACAUAUUUGAAUGGAACUAAUGUUUUUAA